UUCCUGCUUUCUCUUCUGAGCACAGUGCUGCACCGUAUGGUUGCCGACACCUCUGGGCAGCUCCAUUUUCCUUACAAUGCACCUCCCGAAGACCACAGUCUCAAACGACAGUAUCUCGCCUUACUCCCUCCUCAGCAGGUCAUUGAGAUAUGCCUUGCUCUCGAUAUACAUGUGCCCAUGGCGCUGAAGAGGAAUAUCUGGCCGCCGGAUUUCAAAGCUGUUCUUGCUUCCAUGCAGAACCCACCAAAAGCAGAAGAGGCGCCGAAUAAAAUUCCCUCGUCAACACCAGCUGCUUCAUCGACCACCAAUGAAGCCCAUCCUACGGCAGCAUCUGAUGAUCAGUCUCCUCAAACAUCCACCGAACGGAAGCCGCCAGAUAAACCACCGGUUGCAGGUCCAUCGACCCCCAAUACAUCGUCCUUGCAACCUUUCAACUUCUCGUCUCAGCCCGCAUCCGCAUAUCCACACACACCUUAUUACCACCAACCUCUCCCACCGGGAUAUCUCCCAUUUUCUUUUCCAUAUGCCGCUGGGCCGUCCAGUGCAGCUCACCACCCGUAUCCAUUGCCUCCUCCCCUUUCUGCGCCAGGUUAUCCUGCACCUAAUCCGUACUUUGCCGCCCCGCAUCAGCAAGAUGCCUCUAUUCCUGUGCCUGCACCUGCAUCGGAAGAUACAGACCUCCCGAGCUAUGAGGAUAUGAUCGUGGAGGGACUAACGACUGUUGCAGAUCCUGAAGGCAUGGCACCGAAGGAUCUAUUCAAUUGGAUAUCCGCACGAUAUCCGGUUCAAGCGAACUUCCGGCCAUCCGCCAGUCAAGCACUGCAAAAAGCGUAUAGAAGGGGCCGGUUUGAAAAGAAUGCUAGUGGGAGGUAUCGGUUGAACGCGAGCUGGGAAGGGGGGAAUUCCUCCACCCGCCGCGCGACUCGCCGUCCACAAACACAUAACGCGACUCCGAUCGUGAUGCAAAAACAAGCACGGAUGCCGAACGGCGCCAGUCCGUUCACUCCCAUCCCACGACCCUCCCCGCAAGCAUUUGUGCCUGCUCCGCCACCCGUGUCGCCGUAUCCCGCGAGCCAGCCGACACCCGCACCAACGCCCGCAGCUGCGCCCACAGAACCUCCGCGACCGAUCCCUCCAACCGAAGUACCACCUCCCAAGCCAUCGGUCCCCCCAAAUUCGGCCUACCAGGCCGCGGAAAAAAUCCUGCAGACCAUCAACUUCGGCGCCGUGUUCAGUCUGGAAGACGAGGCAGCCAGACGGAUGUCGCCUGUCAAAAGCGAAUCCGUCUCGCUUUCCCUGGCGGAACACGCGAGAGCCGAGCUGCAGGGCCAGCUUGCGCUUCUUGCCGCGCAACUGGAGGACAUCGCCCAGCUCGAAGCCGAUGCCGAGGCAGCUGCCCACGACGAAGACGGGAUCUAG